AUGUCACCCACCUAUCCCACUCAACGUAAUUGUAUGACACACGACGAUAUACCCACUAUGCUGCGUCGCCUUCAAGUACGGCUUCGCUUGGCAGAGUUCAAACGAAAGAACGGCUAUGAAAAAUACGAUCUCUACACGUUGGAAAAGAAUCUCUUACGAGUGACCAAGUGUUAUCGUGCCUUGUUACGACCACCAUCACAAGCAACAACAACGAAAUCAAAACAGCAUCGAUACUACCCAACGUUCCCUGUUAGCACAAAAUGCAAUGAUGCGACAACACGAUCCAUGCUGUUACUAGCCACGCAUGUACAGGGACCACUUUCCGCUAAACGAGAUACACCACCGCGUAGAAUCAAAUCCGAUAUCUCAUCAUCAAAGUCAUCAUCCCCUUCUACGAGUUGUAGUAGCUCUGACGAGGAGGAUGCUGCAAAGUUACUUGUCAUGCUUCACCAUCACCACCACAACCACAACACCCUGUCGCAUUAA